UGUACGAGACCUGAGCUCUUUGUCUUUUAACAACGGGAAUGUUCGAAUUUAUCUCAUGGUUCUCUGCAUAAUAAGCACAGGAAAAGAUGUUCCAGAGUUCCUGCUCGACUAGGCGGAAGUGAAUGUUGGUGGUCGAGUUUGUGGUUCACAGGAUUGGAAUUUGGGGAUGAUUCCAGUGAUGUUGGUGUGGAAAAAUUUGCCCUAACGCAAGGGGUGGGCAUUUUUCCCAGCACGUGUGAGACAUGCGAGUGAUGCAUUGUUCAGCAGUCCUUGCUUUUCUGAUCUGACCAGACAUUGGAUCAUUUUCAACCGUGCAGGAAAAAUCGUCGAAAUCGAAUGCCACCCAUCAUAAAAUAUCUUGAAGCAUUCUGUGUGCAGUAAUUAUUUCAGUGUAUUCGUGGUUGUCCCGAGACCUAGUGCGUGGAUUAAAAAACUUUCGAAUUCGUUGAAUUCAAAGAUCCGAUAUAUUCCCGUUUCCAAGAUACAGUAUUUUGUUCAUAAGUUUUAAUCACUACUUCCUUGUAUCUAUAUUGUUUCUGUGAUGAAGUUGAACAAGGUUUACAACUAAUGGAGGAUUGUGAAGCUCUGCAGCAGAAUGCCACGCUGUGAAUCUUCCUUAUUGUUCGAUUAUCUUCUUCACCGUCGUGUCAUUCUAGGUAUACUAUGUUUCGAACUAGGUGAUGUUGGCUGCAAACCAGCCACAUGAUCAUGACUUCAAUGAGCUGAAUCAUGUGUCUCGUCACUCGUAGUGGGUGGUGAUGGCGCUCUCAGACAGAAGUCAAUGUGAUGUCAGUGUUGAUACGAGUGAUUUAGACUUCCUGGAUCCGUUGAUUUCCACUAGCAGCGCCUCAAGCAAAUACAUAUCGAGACCUUGCAUGGACAACAUAGGCUAUCGUCGUUUCCAGUUGUUCCUCCUCGCGUGUUUUCUGUUUUCUUGUUCAUUAAUAUUCGUUAUCGUUGUUUAUUGUGCUGAGGAUCGAUCGAGCACAAUGUUCUGUCCCGUGGGAUCAUCAAAUUCCAUGUCCUGGAAAAUCAUCAACAGUGUUUCUGAUAACGAGAAAAUGGAGGAUUUUCACGAGGAUGAAUAUUAUCACGGAGAAGAUUUCAGUUUACGUACAUCUGAGCCAAGAUAUAAUCGUCUCGGAUAUCGCGACAUUAUGGAAGACGACUUCGAAUUCGAUAUUAGCAAGAAUGACGUAAUGGUGUUUUUGCACAUUCAGAAAACGGGGGGAACUACAUUCGGAAAGCAUCUAGUAGAGAACUUGUUGCUGGAGAAGCCUUGCGUCUGUCAUCGUAUGAAAUUCAAAAAGAAAAAGAAGAAGAAGAAAAGGUGUGACUGCUAUCGUCCGAACGGAAAUGAGACGAUAUGGCUUUUCAGUCGGUACUCCACUGGUUGGCGUUGUGGAUUGCAUGCGGAUUGGACGGAAUUGAAUCAUUGUGUUGAUCGGUAUCUCGACGCGCGUGAGGGUCCCGCCAAAAGAAGAUAUUUCUACACAACUUUACUGAGGGAUCCCGUGAAUCGUUAUCUUUCGGAGUUUGCUCAUGUUCGCCGUGGUGCAACGUGGCGGAAUUCCGUCCAUGCCUGUGGAGGAAGACCGGCUACUCGUUCAGAACUUCCGUCCUGCUACAGUGGCAUUGAUUGGAAAGGCGUCGAAUUGGAAGAGUUCGUGAGUUGUGAACAUAACCUUGCUGCUAACCGACAGACCAGGAUGCUGGCUGACCUUGAGCUCGUCGGAUGUUAUAAUAAAAGCUACAUGAAAGCCGAAAAGCGGGAUCAAGUGAUGCUCGCCAGCGCUAAGAAAAACUUGGAAAGCAUGUCCUACUUCGGGCUAACGGAAUUCCAGAAACUAAGUCAGUACGUUUUCGAGGAAACGUUCAACUUCCAUUUUUCUGUCGGUUUCGAGCAAUACGGCAACAGAAGCACUCAUUCCGGAGAGGCCAGGAAAUCCCUGUCGCCGGAAAUGCUGCGCCAGAUAAAUCUGGUCAAUUCACUCGACCUCGAGCUUUACGCUUUCGCCAAAUCCAAAUUUUUCGAACGUUUCGAGUGGCUCAAGAAUCAAGAUACGGAAUUCGACAACCACUUGGAGCACUUGGGAGAAGGGUUUCAAUCUUGACGCAUCCUGUUCCUUUUGAACAGUUUUAAAGCUCCCCGUUUGCUUCUUUCGUCUUUCAGCAAUAUCUGAAAUAUUUUUCAUGCUUCCCGUACUUCGAUACAAAGUGGCAUAUCAGAAAGAAUUGAAGAAAAAAGGGAUUGGUGGUGGGGGGCGAACUUGGGGG